CCCCCAAAAAAAAAAAAAAACUAUUCACAACUCUCUGCAGACUGCAGCUCAGUCCCCCAUUUCAAUUCAAGAUGGCAAUGUCACUCCCACAUUUCUUCUUCUUCUUCUUCUUCUUCUCUGCCUCCUCUUCUGCGCUUCCUUUGCAAACAGGGACUGCCCUUCUCGCUCCCAUCACAAAAGACCCUUCUACGCUUCAGUACACCGUCCCAAUUUACCUAAAAACCCCUCUCCAGCCCACCAAAUUACUCCUCGACCUGGGCGCCUCCUUCUCCUGGGUCGACUGCCAGAAAAGCUAUCGGUCCUCCACCUACCGCCACGUCCGCUGCAACUCCUCCCUCUGCGCCUCCCUCCACUCUCUCGCCUGCUCCAAUUGCUACGACGCCCCCGUCCCCGCCUGCGGCAACGACACCUGCGCCCUAUUCCCGGAAAAUUCCGUCACUCGGGAGGCCUCCCUCGCCAACGCCAUCAUUGACUCGCUCGCGCUGCCGUUUACCGACGGUCGGAACCCGGGUCGACUCGCCCUCUUGUCCGAGUUCCUCUUCUCCUGUUCUCCUACGUCUCUGCUCAAGGGCCUCGCCGCGGGCAUCACAGGCUUGGUGGCGCUCGGUCGAUCGAACAUUUCACUCCCGGCGCAGGUGACGUCCGCCUUCUCUUCACCAUACGUCUUCGCCUUAUGCUUUUCCGGCUCACCCUCAGCUCCCGGCGUGGCCUUCUUCGGCACUCGUGGGCCCUACUACUUUUUGCCCGAGACUGACCUCUCCAAAUCGCUGAUUUAUACUCCACUCCUCUUGAACCCCCGGAAGCACGGUAUAACCUACUCCGGUCACCCGUCCGACGAGUACUACGUGGGCGUGUCCUCGGUCAAAGUCAACGGAAAGGCCAUACAGUUAAAUGGCUCGCUCCUGACCGUUGAUCAGAACGGGUUCGGUGGGACCAAGCUGAGCACGAUUGCUCCGUACACCAUUCUGGAGGCUUCCAUUUACAGAGUGUUCACCCAGGCCUUCGUUAGCGAAGCGGCGGCGCUGAAUCUGACGGCGGUAACGGCCCCGGUUCCGGCGCCGUUCAGCGUUUGCUAUCCUGCGGACGAUGUCGGGAGCACGUUGGUGGGACCGGCGGUUCCGACCGUGGAUCUGGUUAUGCAGAGCGACGAUGUGUUUUGGAGGAUCUUUGGAUCAAAUUCAAUGGUUAGGAUGGCAGGGGGGAACCGAGGGGAUGUGUGGUGUUUGGGUUUUGUGGACGGUGGGGUGAACGCGAGGACAUCCAUUGUGAUCGGAGGGCAUCAGAUGGAGGACAAUCUUCUGCAGUUCGAUUUGGGUUUGAAGAGAUUGGGGUUUAGUUCUUCAGUUUUGCUCAAGCGCACCAUGUGCGCCAACUUCAACUUUACUUCUAACAAUAAUUUGUAAUUAUGAAUUGAAGUGUAUGCAUCGCUACUUCGUUUAGAGCGUGUAAAACAUUGUUGUUGCCAAGAAUCGAGCUGGUCCUUCGACUGUGAUAUGAGAAUAAUCAAAUAGGAAUGACUUGGAGGAUC